GCGUUUAGGAGAGUUGGAGCCGAACAUGUGCGUUUGUUGAUGUCCCGCGGCUUGUUAUGAAUGAUCGGUCUAGUAGGAAGUGUCAUCAGUAGAAACGUGUCAAUCGCACUGUCCAAAUCUAAGCUGACAUCUACUUUCUUUUUGUCGGUGUCGACCAGACGCAUUAUGGAUGCUCCAACUAGUGUCCCGUGUUUUGUAAAAGAAGAAGAAGUUGCAAGGUGUAAAUGGCUGGCUCUGAGCAGAAUAACCUACAUGGAUGCAAAAGGAAAAGAAAGGUUGUGGGAGGCAGCAAAGCGGACUACAACUAGCGACUCAGGCGGUGAUGCUGUGUGUGUGAUUGCUGUCCUCAAGCGUUUGCUCAAGUUUGAUUGCCUGGUCCUUGUCAAACAGUACCGGCCUCCAAUGAAAGGAUAUACUCUGGAGAUGCCAGCAGGAUUGAUAGAUAAGAACGAAACAGCAGAGCAAACUGCUGUCCGGGAGCUAAAAGAGGAAACAGGUUAUAAGGCUACAGUAAAACAUAGCUCACCCUUCACUUGUAUGGAUGCAGGGACUGAAAAUGCUACUGUCCAGGUAGUCACUGCAGAGAUCGAUGGUGAUACUGAUGACAAUAAGAAUCCACAGACCAACCCAGAGGAGUCUGAAUUUAUUGAAGUAGUUCAUGUUCCAAUGAAUGACUUACUCGGAAAACUGAAUGAAUUUGCAAAAUCAGGCGUUUGUGUGGACUCAAGACUAUACUCGUAUGCUAUAGGCAUGGAGAUGUCCAAAGGCCACCCACAGUCUCAUACUGUGGACACGUAGUAUAAUUUGUAUAGGUUAUAAGACUUGUUUGUGUUGACUCUUCUGGUAUGUCAUGGAUAGACUUAGAAAUGACCACUGACAAUGUAUACUCCUACCUCUAGUUAUAAUAAAUUGUAUACUUUGUACAACUUUUAAUUAAGAUGUGUUUGCGUGGUUUCAAGAUUCUGCUUGUAUGCGAGACUUGGAGAUGACCAAAAGCCACAUAUACAAUCUGCCUCUAAUUUAUACGUGAUAUUACAAAAAUUUAGUCAGUUAGAAAUGUUUAGGUACUGAUACUCGCUUAAUAAACCUUGAAACAUCAUCUAUAGCUUUUUACAUGCAUUAUGUAACACCAGUACCUCGGGGUAGCAAAAUUACGCUCUGGAAGAUACACCUGUGUAUACGUAGCUGCUUUUUAAUUUCCAUUCUCUUUGAUCAUAUAGGUAAACGCUGUCCAUAUCAUAAUUACCAAAGUGAAUAUAAUGAAGCAUGAACAUUUUUGUUAUGGCCUUGAAGUAUUUUUUUAAUACAAAAAUAAAUAU